AUGUCGGUCUCCAACUCAAGUGUUCCUGGUAUGGAUGUCUUCCACUACAGCAAUCAAGAAACUGACAAAUUAUCCAACAUGAUGUCGUCGUUUUCUUCCAUGCAGCAGAUGUUGUCCUUCUUGUCUCCAAACUCAAGUCCGGAGCCGCAUAUGUCUUUUCCAAAUCCCGAGGAAUCAACUCACCCCGUUGAUGUCGUACAAGGUAAUCUGCAGCUAUCUCCAGAUGUUGGGGCCAUGACAACCCCAUCAGACAACGACGUCAGUAAAACAUCAUCACCAUCGUCAUGUUCAGAUAACGACCAUGUCGGCAUUGAUGCUUCCGGGACGUCAACUCUCUCACAACAAAAUCGACAAUUUUCCAACAAGAAGCCUCCCUAUUCAUACGUGGCUCUCAUCACCAUGGCCGUCGAGAGUUCCACUACAGGUAUGAUGACUCUCAACGACAUCUACAACUACAUCAUCAAGAGAUUUCCCUACUACCAAGACAACCAACGGAGAUGGCAGAACUCCAUCAGACACAACCUGUCCCUCAAUGAUUGUUUCGUCAAGGUGCCCCGACCUCCAGGCAAACCAGGCAAGGGUAACCUGUGGGCUCUGCAUCCAUCUUGUGGAGACAUGUUCGGUAACGGUAGUUUCCUCCGUCGUUCCAAACGUUUCAAGUCGGCCCAAAAACAACACUGCAACAACGCUACUCUACACCACGUCAGUCCGUACGGACAGAUUGGGCUUUACAGGGCUCCAUCUUCCUAUCCAGGUUUCAGCCCCCUUAAUCUUGGCCCUUUACCCCAAGGACUGACACACUCCUGCAGCACACCAGGCAACCCCGACCCUAGUACCUGGACUAUGGGAUCUCCUACAGUCUACUCUCCACCAGCCGGCUACUACAACGCCAGCAGCAUCAACAGCUCCCUGACCGGCUCCCCUCUCUCCGGCUCUCCCCCAGGAAGUUCGCCCCUGGGUUGGACCUACAUGUCACAGAUGCCAUACCCUGGUUCUCUCCCUGACUUCUCACCUUCAACUUACCCAGCUCUUUACCAAGCCUUGACAUUUCCAAAAAACAAGACAAAUGAUACUGUCAGCGAUUCCGUAACCAAAGCGAAAACUGGCUGA